UCUCAACCGUUCUCUCGCAGUUUUUAUAUUUUUUCAGUGUUUAAUAUUUUUAUAAGUGAUGGCUGGAUCAAUCGCUGACAACUCUGCCUUGUAUAAAAAGAAGACCUUUACUUAUGUGCCACCGACACCACCAGCUGAACUCAUCGAAUCUACUAGCUACACACUAGACUUUGCAUCCCAUUUUAUGAAAAAAAUAUUCGGGUUCAUGGGGCAUAUCUUGUCGUUCAUAUCAGACACACCACAAAAAUAUAAGCGAGUUAUAUUUUAUGAAGACGAAAAAAUGAAACUAUCGAGUAUGACGUAUAGCGGAGAAAAUGUGUUGGUGAUCGAAACAAAAAAUCGUGAUGGAUGUAGAGUACUGCUGAAUCGGGGCGACCUUCUUCGACUUCAAUAUCUCGAAUGUUCUAUUUUCGAGAGCAUCGUGCAAAAAGAAGUAUUCACCGCUCUAUUGAUUAUAAAACAAUAUGAAGAAAUUGUCGAGUACCUCGACAAGAAAUGUAGGCAGCAUAAAUCACCGCCGAAAACUGUUGACGAGAUGGUAGUUUUCAUUAAGAACAUACAAGACGAUCGAGUCGUUAAAUCUAUACCAAAUUUCUCCAAUCAAAUACAGAUGUGUGCAGCUGAACAGUUAGCUGAAUCAUUGUUACACCAUAGGGCAAACAUCUCGCAUGAGUAUUCCAAUGAAACGACGGUCAUUUCGCCAAUGUCGUCACCACCUACACCGAUGUCAACACCACCACCGAGUUUCACAAUGCAAUCGCCGAGCAGAGCAGUCGAUGAAAACGAUGGGCCGUUUCAUUUCAACACGCGAUCAUUAUCGAAAACGUACAACUUCGAUUCAGCCGUAUCGGAAAUGUAUUUUGUACCAAAACUGGAAGCUGGAAACGCUUCGUCUGCUUCUAGUUCAAUCCUUAGGUCGACAGUUGACAUUUUUACAUUAUCGUUCUGCUUGCUCAUAUCAACAACUAUAAUCGGACACAGAUUUUUGAAAUCUGAUCGGUUCAGUAGAGGUGUCACUUCGUCAUGGCCGUAG